AUGGGAAGAACUGAACCUUCAAUAGGUCGACCACCGGCGGCGUUCCGCAAAGAUGUACGCUCCAAAAAGGCCAAGGCGACGAUCAACAAGGUCAUCCCAAGUCUUUUACCAGGAAAUUCCCGCGCUCAGCAAGGAAUCAAUGCGGCCGAGUUGAUUGCUUUUCAGGAUGCCCAGGUUCCAAGCAUGCAGCUUGGAAAAGAUAAUAGAGAUGCUGAGCCAUCAAAGAAAGGCAAAUCUGGUCGUCAUUCGCCAAACUCCAAGUCUGAUGGUCAACCAAGUUCACCAGUCACAGAUCUUGAACCUCCAAGAAUCUCUAUUCGGGAGGCCGACACACUCACAGCUGCCAGAGACCUUCUUGAGAUUGAAACCUCAUCAGGUACCAAGGUUGAUCUCAAGAAUGAUCGCGCUCGCGUGGCUAUUCUCAAUAUGGGUUCUCCUCUAUCUCCGGGCGGCGGAUUCCUCAACGGUGCAAACAGCCAAGAGGAGUCACUUUGCAUGCGCACUACUCUAUACCCUUCUCUCAAAGAUGAAUGGUACCGCAUACCAGAUCUAGCUUCUAUCUACACUCCCAACGUGUUCGUCUUCAGAGAUGAAGAGGGCGAAGACCUAGAUAAGAAGGACCGUUUCUACGUGGACUGUAUCACUGCCGCCAUGAUUCGCACACCUGAGUAUGAGAUGGACAGCGAGGGGGUUGCAACAUACGCGAACAAAAAAGAUCGUGAGUUAGCUCAGAACAAAAUGAGAGCAGUCAUGCGAGUUGCUGUGAUGAAGAAGACUAAGCGCCUGGUUCUUGGAGCCUGGGGUUGUGGUGCACAUGGCAAUCCAGUCGGUGAAAUCGCACGGCUAUGGAAAGCCGUCCUUAUGCCGAAACACGACAAGUCAAAGGGCACCAAGGAUCGAUGGGAACAGCUUGCCGAAGUCGUGUUUGCAAUCAAAGAUCAUAACAUGGCCCAGGCGUUUGCAAAAGCCUUUGGUGAAGGUCUUGAAAGCCUAGACAAUGGCGAAGAGGAAGAAGAAGAGGAAGAGGUUGAUUUGGGCGAUGUUAGGAGGAAGGAAUUAUUGGGGAAGAUUGCAGAAUUGGAAAAGCGCAUUGAAACCGUGGUGAACCCAAAAGUCAAGGAAGGGUUGCAAAGUAUUCUUAAGGGGCUCGGGAAACAACUUCCCGCGGAUGAGGGGGGCUCGAUGCAGAGUGAUAAGAAGGGUUUUUGA